GAAUAUUUUCACAUUUAUAUCACCUGCGCUGUGACGCCAUGCCUUAGCCUUAGCCCAUAUAUCACCUCCAUCCUCGCCUCCUUCUUCAGCGACUCUCUCUUUCUCUCCUCUCUUUCGCACCCAUUAGAGCUCGACCCUUUACGAAUUGGUCAUACCUGUUCGCGCCUGUUCGACAAAGCUCCGAUUUUGCUGCACGAUUCCGAAGCUGAUUCGCGGCCGCGACCAACCCAGAGAGGCCCAGGGACCGGCUUUUCGCCAAUCGGAAAGGGAAAAGAAUUCCUUUUAGCGUGGGCAAGAUGUCGAUGGAUCCCCAUACUCAUGAAGAUGUCGCUCAUGUCUCUAGUGAUGUAAUCAAAUUUCCCUCAGGUAGCCAGAAAUCAACAUUUGCUGGUGCAGCUGACUUGGAAGGAGCCCGAUCCAGUGGUUUUGAGUGCAAUAUUUGCCUAGACUCUGUGCAAGAUCCUGUGGUCACACUCUGCGGCCAUCUGUACUGCUGGCCUUGCAUCUACAAGUGGCUUAAAGUUCAGGAUACUUCUGCUAAAGAGCUAGAAGAGCCGCAACAGCAUCAAUGUCCUGUGUGCAAAGCCGAGGUUUCGUACACAACUCUAAUUCCACUCUACGGCCGUGGCCAAACUAGCCGACUUUCCAAAAGUGAGGAUCGAGAUCUGGGCAAUGUUGUACCCCGUAGGCCACUUGGUCUGGUUGGCGGGCCCAGCACGCCAAGACGGAUUAAUGCUACCUCUAGUCCUCUCCUAACACAACCACCUUAUGGUGGACAUUUCCAUCUUCAAUCACAACCAUACUAUUCUCAAGCUCAAUUAUUGCAUCACUCGGUUUCUCCCAUGCUCAGUCUAAGUGGCACAACCACGAACAUCAUCUACCCAAUAAUUGGUAUAUUCGGUGAAAUGGUAUAUGCAAGGCUUUUCGGGAACUCGGUAACAAACUUAUACACUUACCCAAACUCGUACAGUAUGGCCGGAAACAACCCUAGGAUGAGGAGGCAUGUAUUGGAGGCAGAUAAGUCGCUCAGCAGAAUCUGUUUCUUCCUCCUAUGUUGUAUUCUGCUGUGUCUGCUUCUGUUCUGAGCUAGAUUUUGCUUUUCUUCAUUCCAUUUUUUGUGUCAAUGAGAUCGUGAAACAAAUACGGGCACGGCCAGGUACACCAGACAUCUAGGCAGUCGCAUUUCCUGAGCUGCAAUACAUGUACAGUUCUAGUUUGGCUUCAUGAAAGCUAUAAAAACAUUAUGCCUACGCUGCUUGUAACUUCGGACCUAGGAUGAUAUGGAAAGAAUUUUUCUCAUCUUA